GGUUCCACCGCCCUGCGAUCCCCCCCGCCGCCCUCCGAUCCCCCACGGCCGCCGCCAUGUCCUCCGGGGCCAGCGUGAGCGCCCUGCAGCGCCUGGUGGAGCAACUGAAGCUGGAGGCCGGCGUGGAGCGGAUCAAGGUCUCCCAGGCAGCUGCAGAUCUUCAACAGUACUGCAUUCAGAAUGCCUGCAAGGACGCACUGCUGGUGGGGGUUCCAGCAGGGAGCAAUCCCUUCCGGGAACCCAGGUCCUGUGCUUUGUUUUAAAAGACUGUUUCAUUGAGGAAUGCCUUCAAGUACAAAGUGAUGAAUGCCUCCAAGUCUCAAGAAAACACUUUUUUUGUAGCCAAAUGACUUAUUAGCUAUUUCACAUCUUUUCUGUGGCCUGGUCAUAUAGCUAGAGUUAUACAGAAAUUAAUGAUUUUCUACUCAAAUAAGGUAACUGAGUGAAGAAGUACAGAACUAAAUAAUAAUGACCUAGUUCUGUUGCUGAAGUACUUUUGUAUUAAGACCAACAACCACCUUUACCACCAAAUAUUUCAAAAUACACCUUUCAUAAGUGAAGUUCUGGUUUUGCUAUAUCCGGAAUAUUAUGUAUGUUUUAUUUACUGGAUGUUUACAUUUAGGAAGGAAAACAGUUUUGUUUAUUAAAACUGAGUAUUUGUAACGUAUUCUUAAGAUUUUUAUACUACAAUAAAAU